AUGAGCUCCUCGGGCGGUCCGGACGGCGACGUGGUCAUGGCCGUCACCACGCCCACUGCUUCUUCAUCCUCUACCGCGUCGUCUCAUUCACUUCCUACACGUCUGCUCUCCGUUGUGGCCGCUGGCGAGCUCCCCAUUCUUCCUGAUGGCGUCGCUGCGAGUAACUCAGCCAUAGCUCUGGACGGGUUGUUGACCCCCUUCCUGCCACUCAUGACGCGUCUCCAGAGAUCACGCCGCGCCUGUACCACCUCCCACUCGCUUCCCAAUUCGACGGCGUUGGACGCUACCCUUCUCCGCGUCGAAAAGGCCUCGAAAUGGCGUCAAUACGCCCAAGUGUUUGCAGAUCUGACGCCGUCACAACUCCAAUCGUCGGUAACUCCCGACGCCGUGGCCCCAUUCCGCCGCUUCGAGCGCGGAUCAGCAGCUGCGAGAGUGAGGAUCGUAUUGUGCGAGUGGUUGCUCGCCGCCGCUGGGAGUUUGGAGUCCAGCGAGCUCUUUUUGAACGAGAUCUACCAGGAAGAAGUCGCUGCCAUCCUCGUGCUGACUCUAGCCAGUUUCAAGCUCCAAACGCAGCCCAUAGCAGCUCACAAUCCUCUGUCUAUCCAGGCGAUAACUCGAAAGGCUCUAGCAGUGCCUGUGGGGCCCAUUCUGCUCUCAAGACUGGCCAUGAACGAUCCCUCAUGUGUCGAGCAGCUCAUGGACGCCAUCGUGGCGGCGGUGGUGGAGACAACAACGAUGGACAAGACUAUGGCACAGCAGGAACAGGACGCUCUGAGCUCCACCACGUCCGUACUAGAGAACCCACGCCACGCUUGUGUGCAGUUGGCCAAGCUGUCGCCUCUGUAUGCGUCGAGACUAAAGGACAAACUCAGUGGACAGACCACAUCGCUGCAUUGUGCAGCCAUAGCAUUGGAACUGUUGACGAUGAGCACUACAAAGGAGCUAAGUGUGUUCAUGUACCAGUGGCUUAAGAGAGAUGGAGCUCCUGGAUCGGCGCUGAGGACGUACGUGCAGCUAGCAAGUCGUGAACAUACGUCAGAGACUGUGGGUGAAUUCCAGGAGGAUGCGGUCAAGAACUUGACACAAAUACGUCGGAUGCUGCUGGAUACGCUGGACAGCGCGAGCUCUAACGUGUCGCCGUAUGAAUUAAAUGCGGCUCUAGGUGUUUGUGUUGGACUUCAGGUGGUUGGCAGCUUUCAGCUUACGGAACCGGAGCAAAUUCGACUGUUGCAGAGUCUCGACAAGAUUGCUGCGUCUUCAACAUCGUCUCGUACAAUCAGUCUGGCGUUUAUCAUGAUAGUGCUGCUGUGGUAUCCGCUCGCACCUGCGCUGAGCAAAGCACCUGGCCAGAGAGAUGAACAUACCAAGGCUGCAGUGACGCUAUCUCAGCAAGUACUGGUUUCGCUGUUUCAAGCGCGUGAUGCCGGUGCUGGACCGCUGUUCGUGGUGUCUGCAGUGCUGUUCUACACGAAAGCUCCAACGCUUGUUCCUUUUCUUGCGUCGGUGAUUGGACUUGAUGAAGACACGAGCAGUACUGGCGCGACUUCUGCUGGAUGUGGGAUUCAGGUGCAACAGGUUUUGCGUGCAGAGUAUCUUCACGUUUUUGGCGAUGUAAUCCUCAAGCCGAUCCUGACAGAAAACCUCCUGGCUCGUGAGGUGCUGACCUUCCCACCGGUAACCCGCGUUUCGGCGUCGGAUGCAGUGUCAUCGGGCUACGGACACCAUGAGUUCACGCUACGUGGUCUGCACGGUUUGCUGUGCGAGAAAUCGUUCUUGCGUCACCAUCACGGGUAUCGACUGGAAAGCUGGAUAGCUACUCAGGUUGGAGAGCAGGUCGCUUUACCUGUCCACCCAUUGCUUGUGAGUGUGCUGCUGGAGUGGAUUGAGAACUACGUUAUGGCCUUCGAGUAUCCCGUCGCCCAAGCUCCUCGUCGACUACAGUUAUCAAUUGUCCCACUACGCAACUCUACAUUAACAAAGUGGCUCGCGGCGCCGUGCUUGGGACGCACAUAUGAUCCCAGUAAAGGACAAGAGCACGAUUUAACGUGGGCACGCGGCGUGUUGGGACUUACGUAUGCGCUGCAAUUCAACCAGCGACUGCGUCAUGCCACCAUGGUCGCCGGAAGCAAGCUCAGCAGUCUGGUUUCACCGUCGUCUGUGGCUUCUGGUGCAUCAGUUACGACUGCAUUAGGACCUGGUGCUGAUAUCUGCCUGCACUACGAUUUAACUGCGUAUCCUCUCCGCAACAUAGUAGUCGAAGCCAUUACACACGGUGACCAAGGCGACGCCUUCGAGUAUGUGGCUCCGACACUGCUGAAGCUCAUGGUGGAAGAACACCCAGACAUUUUCGAUGCUGCCACGGCGUCUGUGUCAUCGGGUUCAGCAUUGCAGCUAUUACCGCUAGCUUCCAGUCCUAGGGAUAUCGCAACGCGUGACUUGUCCGUCAGUUGGUUCCGUCGUCACCGUAAAUGUGGCGAAUUGCCAUCGGUUCGCGUAUCGCAGUCUCCUCCCUCCUGGACCGCAACCCAAGCGCUGCUGUUAGAACUCCAGUCAGCACCGAUUGAAGUGGUGAUGCGAGAGUUGCCUGUUCUAGUGGAUGGAUUCCUUCCGUAUGCUGUGGUAUCAUCUCAAACCUCGACGACAUCAUGCCGACAGGUGGCUGCGUUCUGUUCACAGCUUGCAGCGUUGUACGAGACGCGUGCUCGUCGUGAACAAGGGCUAAACAUCUCACUGCUGAUGAAGCUGGUGCAUGCUCUGUGCUUCCCGGAUGCAUUGUGGCGUCAGCAGCAGGUUCAGACUCAUCAAGGUAGUGCGUAUCAAUUGCUAACGUACAUGCAAUUGCAAGAGGAGCCAUUCCGCCUUGUGGAUGAUGCCCACGAUGGCGUGUUCUGUCAGCCGGCAUUGCUGCGUGUGUUGCUGAGACUUGUCCGAGACGUUCGGGCAGCAGCGAAUGUCCAUGUGUCGAAGUGUGAUCCAAGCGUGGCACCAGUGGAAGGUACGAGUGGAUCUUCGUCUACUACAACCAGUGUCCAGCAGCACCAGCUUCUACAGGAUUGCUUGCUGACGCAUGGACUUCUCAAGCGGCUUCUUGCACUCAGCUCGGAACCAAGCGACAACGAAGUGGCCGAAGAGAGUCGCGCUCUGCUGUGUGGACUCGUGAACGAAUUGCUGGCUGCAGAUGCUGAGAUUUCUCCGUCUCCACCACGAUUGUUAUUGGCAAUUCAUACGCAGGGCUAUGAUACCUCAUUAGUGCCUACGUUAGUCGCUAGCGUGCCGUCUUUGAAGCUUCUAUGGGAUCACUGGAUGGCGGCAACGUCGUCUUCCGCCUCUGGUUCUUCGUCAUCUCGCUCAGCUACACCCGGGACGAAGCCACUGAUGGAGUUCGUAGCUGAAGGAGCUGAGAAAGACUUACCCAAGUGGCGAUUCCGACUACGCGUGGUGCUGUCAUUGUGUGCAUCGCAUCUCUCUGGCAGUCGACAGAGUGCGGCAAUGCAACAAGCGCUUCGUGUGGUAUGGAACAAAAUACGCAAUGGCGUUGGAAGCUCGGGCGACAAUAGUGCUGGAUACGUCAACCUCUUAAGCGAGAUUUUGCCUUGGAUUGUGGACGCAUCUUCUCAGAAUGCAGACCUCAGUGCAGAGCUGGUGCAUUUCUUGCUCAAGCUGCAAAGACAACAGCAAAGUGGAUCAAGUAAGGGAAGAGACGGUCGAAGAGCAGUCGGUGCAACCGGAAAACCUCAAGAGCAACGUCAAUUGUUGGAGCAAGUGCUGCGUGACACGUACGCGUCUUUGCUUCAGCAGAUCUAA